ACCUCGCUUAGUUUUUAUUGGUUGUAGAACAGGAGUUGGCAAGAGAGUCGAAGAAGUGAUGAGAAAGAUUUCUCAAAAGUCAAAAGUUUCCAACUUCCAUCCAAAACAUUACAAUAAAAAUGGUUCGUUUAACCUUUUUUGUUAUUCUGGUGACGUUGCAGCUCAAGACUGACUUCAAUUCAAAUUCUAGCGCUCUAUCGGCUACAGUAAUCAGAAUCAGAGCACAAAUGGGCCUUGGGAUUAAAACACAAAUGGGCCUUGAGUUUUAAGUUCAUUUGAUCCUUUUCGUGCCGGGAAGUGGGUUGUCUUGGUUCGCCGGCGGCCGAUGGAGUGUGCUGCGCGUGGCUUCGGGACGCGAUGCGUUGGCCCACCGACGAGGAGGUGUGGCAAUUGUGGCGCCGUGGCGUAUUGCUCCGUCUCUCAUCAGAGUUCGCAUUGGAGGUAUCACAAGGAAGAGUGCGAGAGACUAGAAGAGCAAAUGCGUCGUGUUGAUCUGCUCAACGAGUUUCCCUUUACAUUCACAGAAGAAGCUACAGUCCAGAUUAGUCAAAAGGAGGUAAGCAGGUGCUCGUUCCUCACCAAAAGGGACUUACAUCAUGCUGGAAUGUGGAUGUUUGAGUGCAAAUGUGGCUCCUCCUCUGUUAGUUUCUCGGCUUAUGAUAGGUUUAGAAAUGAAGGCUGGUGGUAUCUGCCAAGCUCUUCUUGUCCAUGUCGUGGCCCUUUGUCUCCAGUAACAAGCCAGCUAUGUAGUUGGAAGGAUUAUUACGAGUGGAGACAGAUACCUCUUGAUUCUCCUGUUGCUCUACUUCUCCACUGGCCACUAACAAUAUAUCAUGCAAUCCAAGCCAUUGGGAUAGGAAACUUGACUCCCCGAAUAAGUGAUGAACUUCGUAUACAUUAUCUUGGCCUUCAGAAAGAGCUUGGCCAACUCGGAGUCUUUGCUGAGCUGCGAGCGCUCUUCCCUGGUCUGCGCAUUCGCUUACAACUGGUUGGACCUGAUGUUUCACAACAUAUGGAUGGAGAGAUAAUCUCCCUCUGCGGCUAUGCCCCUUGCAUGGAAGAAGACUGUGACUGUAAAUGUUCAAAUGAAAUUCUCAAACCCGGUAACAAAUCAGCUGUGUCGUUACAGCUUUAUCGAGGGUUUUAUCAUGAUCGUUACAGUGACAUAGCAAAGGAUUCACCUCCUCCUCACAUAGUGAUUGCUCCAAACGCAGGCAUCGCAGCAUAUCCGAGCUGGUUGCCAACUAUUGAACUAAUAAAAGAGAUGAAAGUCCCAGCUGUGUUUUCUGAUUACUGUGAAGAAGCUUGUCAUCUUGCGGCUUGUUGCAUUAGAACCAUCACAGGGCAACCUCUCUCGUUACCUGCAUAUGUCUCAUCAAAAUACUGUAUAAAAAGAAUAGAGGGUCGACACAUAUAAUGAAGUUGAAAAAGGACAAGACAUCUUCCUUCUUUUCUCAGAUCUUACAAAUCAAUUUGGAUCCAAGUACACACUAAUGUCCAAUUCUCCAAUCAACCUGUGUUGGAUAAUUGAUGUUUCUUUGCACAAAAGAAAAAAUCUAAUACUUUUUGCUUAUAUGUUUUGAAACAAUAUAGAGAAUAAUACUGUAUCUCCUUGAAAUGCAGAUUGGGUUAAACCCAUUCAGACAACCAAUGAUGGUAGAAGAUAGUUCUCUGUUUAUCCCUUGCUACUCAAACUGCUUCAUCUUCGCAAUCUAAACUCUC